AUGGCGGAUGACCUGGACUAUCUUUCGCCUGAUUUCGACCUUAAUUCUCUCACAGUGCCACGCCUACGGUCCAUUCUAGUCAGCCAUGAUAUUCCAUACCCGGCUUCUGCGAAGAAGGCGCAGCUCAUACGGAUUCUGGAGGAUGAAGUUCUACCUCAGGCGAGGAGAUUACUGCGGGACCGAGAGCGAGUGAGGCGAACGAGUGACGGGAUUACAGAUAUGGGAAGUCGCGCGACAUCGGUAGUUAGUGAUUUCAAUGACCGACGAGAGGACGAUAGUAGAGAUUCUAUGCCGCCCCCACCAACACCUUCGACGGUCUCAACGGUAACUGGGGGAAGGCGAGGACGAUCGAGGAUAAGUACGCGAGCCUCGACCGCCGACGUUGAUGAUAGAAACAUUCCUGCCACGCCGUCCACAAUUUCUAGACGUAUAGCACCGAGAUCAGAGUCGAAGCGCCUUCGCGCAUCCGAAAAUCAAUAUUAUCAUGACACCCCUACAACACCAGUCGCCGCAGACACCGUUACUCCCCGGAAAUCAACUGCCCGAAAACUACGGAGAAGCGAGAUGACACCAUCGACUGAGCCAGAGCCUAUGUCACGGUUAAUAAAAGAAGAGCCUAAGGAAGAGAGCGUCUUUACGUAUGACAACCCAUUUCAAAGUGGCAGUUCUCCUGCUCCGUGGUCCGAGAAAAAGCGAAAGAGUGGAUCGCUACUACCGACGGAGAGCCCUGCUUUGGACCAGGGUCUCCGGGCUAGAAAGUCUGACGCGUUCAUUAAACAAGAAGAUGGUGCUACUGUAUCCAGGCGAUCUUCCUUCCAAUUCCCCGUCUCGAAGUUGAAAUCACCCCGUAAGCAACUUGAAUCCAUGUCGGACGAUGACGAGAGUGAGCUCAGUGCUGGCGAAGAAUUCACACCGGAAGAACAGCUUGCACUAGAAAGGGAGCAGGCGGACUUGUGGUACCCUUCUGCUCCGAACCAACAACAAAUGCAAGGCUCAACGAGUCGCGCGGCUCCUUGGGUUAUUAUAUUACUGCUGCUUGCUGGAUUUGGUGUUUGGUGGCGAAAAGAGAAGAUUGAGAUUGGAUUUUGCGGCAUUGGAAAGCCUACUUGGUCAUUGGCCGAGACUCGGAUUCCUGAGUGGGCAAAUGUCUUGGAACCUCAAUGCGAACCCUGUCCUGCCCAUGCAUUCUGUUAUCCCAAUUUCGAGGCACUCUGCGAGAACGACUUUAUUCUGAAGGCGCAUCCUCUGUCUCUGGGAGGCUUAGUUCCCCUGCCUCCGACUUGCGAGCCUGACAGUGAGAAAGCGCGGCGCGUCAAAGCUGUUGCUGAUAAAGCUGUGGAGGAGCUGCGUGACAGAAGAGCCAAAUGGGAAUGCGGGGAACUCGCAAUUGACGGGCAAGGAGUAGAGGGGCCAGAGAUCAGUGAACCAGAUUUGAAGCAGGAGGUGGGAAGAAAACGUCGGAAAGGAAUGAGUGAUACCGAGUUCGAUGAUCUAUGGAAGGGGGCCUUAGGUGAAAUCCUCGGCAGGGAAGAGGUUAUUACCCAAACGAAGACACCAUCUUCUGUCGUCACCCUCACCUCGACAUCAAUUAGUCGGCUCCCCCUUACGUGCGCCUUCCGCCGCUACGUCCGACUCUCUCUCCUCGCGUAUCGACUCCCUCUUUCAGUUUUAACCAUCUGUGCAUGCGCCGUGAUGUAUGCACGCUCGAGAGUCCUUUCUCGCCGGUCUGAUAUGGCACGAGUCCCGGAACUAGUAGCCACCACGCUCGAUCGCCUUGCGACACAAGCCGCUUUGCAUGCCCGUGGCGAAGCCCGUGAACCUUAUAUUCCAAUUGGACAACUGCGCGACGACGUCCUUCGAUCCGAAUUGCGUGGCAGUCGACGUGAAGAACUAUGGCGACGGGUUCGCAGUGUCGUUGAAGGGAAUGCCAACAUUCGAGCUGCCGUGCGAGAGGGUCGUGGUGGUGACGUUGCUCGCGUGUGGGAAUGGAUUGGCGGCAUCGGCAGUGUUCGUGGAGACAUUGAAGGAUCCGCGACACGGCCGCGCGACAGCAGCAACCUGCAUUUGUCGGCCUCACCUCAUGAGCAAAGCCGUCAGUCGAUGGACAGCCACGCCCAUUCUCCAGAUUCAGCACAGCCUCGUCGAUGGGACGAAGGCAGGCCUAUCUACUGA